AUGUUGUGUCGUGCACUCACACUCGUUCCGGCCGCAGUCGUGGCAACAUAUACAGUGCCCAAACCCAAUGGCACUUAUGGGGUCUCCCUGGUCGACAAACAGCUGGUCGAUCUCGAGUUAUCCGACCCAUACCUUCCGCUACCUCACCGUCGAGUCGAAAUCUCCGUCAUCGCUCCGAUGGAGGCGAACAGCUGUCGCCCUGUCACCCAGCCUUACAUGCCAGCAGCUCAAUCAUCACAGUUCUGGGAGCAAGCCCUUGCCAACAUGACCGGCGUCUCUUUCGAAGGUACCAUUUCGCAGACUGAAUUGACUCUUUGUGAGCCGCCAGUCAAUGGGAGCAAUUCAACCUCUCCCUUGAUCCUCUUUGCCCCUGGUGCCGGCUUUCCACGCCAGCUGUACUCCAUCCUCUUGACAAGUGUCGUAGCCAAAUCAGGCUACACAAUCGUGGCCUUCGAACAGCCUGGCUAUGCCGAGUUUGAAACUUUCCCAAACAAUACCACUGAGGUCGGGCAAAUCAACGUCACGAAUGGCAAUGGUCUAGGCGUGCUUGUCCAAGACGUUAGCUUCAUUCUCGACACGUUUAACAUUUCAAACCGUUCGAUGUUGGCAGCUUGGGGCAGUUCUCGUCCAGCAGCAAUGUUUGGCCAUAGCGAAGGCGGCGCCGUCACAGCAGCGUCUCUACUUGUCGAGCCACACCGUCUGCUCGGAGGAAUCAACCUCGACGGAGCAUUUUAUGGCGCUCCUCUCCUCGCUAACGCAAGCAUAAAGCAGCCAUUUGCAAUUCUGUCGUCCUCAAUUCAUGAUUUCUCCGUGUCACCUUCCUGGCCUGUCGUCUGGAGUCAUCUGCAAGGCGACAAAUGGCAGAUCCAGCUGAACGAUAGCGAGCAUGCUACUUAUGGGGAUUUCCCGUUUCUAGCGGACCUAUGGGGCAUCAGAGAGAAGACGCAUGGACUGGUUGACGAGCUUGUGGGUGGACUUCUGGGGCAGGAAGCUAUCGAUGUGGUUGGCAAUUUGGUGAAAGCUUUCUUUGAUUUCGUGUUUGGGAAAGCACCCGUCAGCAACGUGGUCAACACCGCAGAGGCGGAGCAAGGGGUUUGGAAAGUGCAAAACGUAACGAUCGUGAGGUCGUUUCUCUGA